UUCGUUUAUAAUCCUGUUGAUUUUACUUUUAGAAAAAGAAACAUAAUAUUUAUCAUUUUUUUUUGGCUUACUCCAUCUUAACUCAUUAUCCAAAAAAAAACAAAAAAAAUACUCUUCAAUUCUUAAUUCAGACAAUAUUGUUUGUAUACAUUUCUUGCAAAUAAUUACUACUGUUUAUUAUCUUCGUCAUUUUUGGCUAAGUCUAUCUUAAAUUAACAACUAAAAAAAAAAAAACAACAACAUUGUUAUUGACUGUGCCAAAUGAAGCAAAGUGGAUGUUGGAAAAAUUGGUAGGAAUUGUUAUAUAGCGGUUUUCAUUCCUUUAAAGUACGCAUAAGAAAGAUCAACUAUUGCAGGAAAGGCAAUUGAAAGAAAUUAUUCAUCAAUUAAUGUCAUAUACCUGCAAAUGAGUCUAAGUAAAAAGUAUAUAUUAUGGUUUGCUCAAGAGCAUGUGGAAUUUCGUCAAGCCGAAUUCAAUUCGUUGAUGAAACUUUUCAACAUACAACACAUUGAUUACAUCAACGACAAUAAACCGUUUUGGGUAAUAGAAUUUCCUGAUGACGCAGUUGCGUUACAAUAUGCUUCAAGGUCUAUUGCCUUACGGGCUAUUUUGAAAUUGUGGUCACAUGGCAAAAAUUAUGAGACGUUUCAUAAGAAUUUGAAUCAUUUUAUUGAACAAAAUCAAGCUCACCUAAGUUCGCUUUUUACGAAGGAGACUUCGUUUAAAAUAACCGUUGAAACGUAUAAUAAGCAUUUGUCACAAAAAGAGAAAAUCGAAAGAAUUGAAAGCCUGGAUUAUUUGCCGUUAAAGGGUUGUGUAGAUUUGCAAUUGCCAAACGUAGAAUGGUGGUAUGCAGAAUUCUGGGGUCUAGAUCCCACAAAUGUACCGGAUAAACCUGAAGAUAUAUUUUUUGGGCAAUGGUUAGCUAACGGUCAACGGCAUUUGAUUAAAGAAAUUUCAUUGAAAAACCGCAAAUUUAUUGGGAAUACGAGCAUGGAUGCUCAACUAAGUUUAUUAAUGGCUAAUCAAGCACUAGUAAAACCUGGUGAUUUAGUAUUCGAUCCAUUCGUCGGUACCGGGUCUUUGCUCGUGAGUGCUGCAAAAUUUGGCGGAUAUGUCUUAGGAGCAGAUAUAGAUUUUAUGAUGCUGCAUGCAAGGGCUAGACCUAGUCGCAUUACUCAAAGAGUAAGAGACAAAGAUGAGAGUGUACGAGCCAACUUGGAACAAUACAAUUGCUCAGACCGUUAUUUGGAUGUAGUAAUAGCAGAUUUUUCAAAUACUUUAUGGCGUAACGAUUUAAAAUUCGACAGCAUUAUAACUGAUCCUCCAUACGGUAUUCGAGAGGCCACUGAAAAGAUAGAGACUAAACAUAAUAAAACAGAGAUAAAAAAUAGCGCUAAUUUACAUUACCCAUCUACCUCACGUUACGCCUUGCAUCAUUUAUAUCAAGAUUUGUUAAUGUUUGCUUCCAUGCAUUUAAAACUUGGUGGCAGAUUAGUGUUUUGGUUACCAUUCUGUAGUUUAUUUAGAAAUGAUUACACGGAUGAUAUUAUACCGCAACAUGUAAGCCUAACAUUGAUAUCUAAUUCAGAGCAAAUUUUAAUGGGUCGUACAUCUCGACGUUUAUUGACUUAUGAAAAACAUGUCGAAUCAAAUCAUUUCGUUUAUGACAAAGUGAUUUUGCAUCCAACAUUAACGUUGGACUUUAGAGAACGUUAUUUUGAGAGUGAUGAUGUAAGUCGAUCUGAAAAACGAAUGCAUAGAGCAAAGCAAAGAGAAAAAGGUCGCUUAGAGGCGCUAAAGCGUGGGAAAGUUAUAACCGAUGGUCGCAGUUUUAAAUGCACGAUGAAUAGACAACGCUUCAAGGAAAUUGAAGAAAAUAACUGAAAUUAUAGCACUUUUGGUGAUUUUUGUUAUUCACGGAGUUAUGAAUUAAACUUUUAUUUUAAACAACUUGGCGGUCCGGAAUAUAUAAUAUCUUUUAUGCACUCAAGAUAGCAAAAUACAAUAUUUUUUCUUCCCACCUUCUCUAUCUUCUCCAUUUCGUCUUCAUAUCUGUGCUGAAAUAUUGAGGUAGAAAGUUGAAAUUCGUAAGUUGAUAUCCGAAGAUUGUGUUUGAAAACGGAAGUGA